ACUUGAAUGCGGCAUCUGUCUCGUGUUGUUGUCUGGUGCUGCUAGCUAGCCAGCUUGAUCCCCGCAAGCUAGGGUUGGCUAGCCAAACAUACGUUUUAGUGUAAAUUGUAAGGACAUACCUAAAGCCAAAGCGCCUGAAGAAUGAGAAGAGUUACUUUAUUUGUUAACGGGACAUCUAAAAAUGGCAAGGUUGUAGCAGUGUACGGGACCUUGUCCGACCUCUUAUCCGUAGCAAGCAAUAAGUUAGGAAUCAGAGCCUCCUCUUUGUACAAUGGGAAGGGUGGUCUCAUAGAUGACAUCGCCUUGAUCAGAGACGAUGAUGUGCUGUAUGUCUCAGAGGGGGACCCGUUUAUCGACCCUCAAAAUGAAGUCAAGGCUGCAUCUGAUCAGCCUGGAGCUCACACUGAUUGGCUGACCCUCAAUGUCGGUGGUCGUCUUUUCACUACAACCAGGAGCACCUUGGUCAGCAAGGAGCCGGAGAGCAUGCUCGCCCACAUGUUCAGAGAGAAGGAUGUGUGGGGAAACAAGCAGGACGAACGAGGGGCUUACCUGAUCGACCGCAGCCCCGAAUACUUUGAGCCUAUUCUCAACUACUUGAGACACGGUCAGCUCAUCAUCAAUGAAGGCAUCAAUAUACGGGGUGUUCUUGAGGAGGCUCGCUUCUUUGGAAUCGAGCAGCUUGCCGAACAGCUGGAAGUAGCAAUAAAGAACUCACAGCCACCUGAAGAUCAUUCUCCCAUUUCCCGGAAGGAGUUUGUCCGUUUUCUCCUGGCCACACCCACCAAGUCGGAGCUCCGCUGCCAGGGUCUUAAUUUCAGUGGGGCUGACCUCUCUCGUCUUGACCUGCGCUACAUCAAUUUCAAGAUGGCUAAUCUCAGCCGCUGCAACCUGACACAUGCGAACCUGUGUUGCUCCAACCUGGAGCGAGCUGAUCUGUCUGGAGCUAACCUAGAUGGUGCUAACUUGCAAGGGGUGAAGAUGCUUUGCUCCAAUGCUGAGGGAGCGUCUCUCAAAGGAUGCAAUUUUGAGGAUCCAUCUGGAUUGAAGGCCAACCUGGAGGGUGCUAACCUGAAAGGAGUUGACAUGGAAGGAAGCCAGAUGACCGGUAUCAACCUGCGUGUGGCCACUCUCAAAAAUGCAAAGCUGAAGAACUGUAACCUGCGGGGCGCCACUUUAGCAGGGACUGAUCUUGAGAACUGUGACUUGUCCGGCUGUGAUCUCCAAGAGGCCAACCUGAGGGGGUCCAACGUGAAAGGAGCCAUUUUUGAAGAGAUGCUGACCCCUCUCCACAUGUCUCAGAGCGUCAGAUAACUGCAGCACAGACCCACAAGUUCAGCCAGGGCCGAGGCUGCCUUCUUUAAAGCUUGGCUCCUCCGCUCUGCGGUCAAACUCCCCCAUACUAUCAAUCUCUCUGUACCUGUUUGCAACGCAGGUAGCUGUAUGCACAUCCCUGGCAUUCCACCUAUAUUAUGUUAGCUUUAAAUAUCUUGCACUAGAGUUUAUCCAGGGUUCUCCAUGUGUGUUUUUACGGUAGGAUGUUUUAAAAUGUUCAACCGCGUCUGCAUUUGUCACCAAAACAAAAGAUCCUAGUGUAUGUAAAGACGUGUCUUGAUGCAGUCCAAUUGCUAUGUUCUUUUUAAUGUUUUACAUAAUUUAUACGCAUUUCAUGUUACUUGACAUAUUAUUGGGAAUCAAAGAUUAUUGGAUCAUGAGCAUGAAGCGAAGUUCAGUGUUACGAGCUUCACACAGUGCUGUCGUAGCAGAAGUGGAGGGGUGGGAGGGGGUGAAUUACCAAUAACUGCAACUGGACAUUCUUUUCAAACGAUGUAAUUUAUUUUUGCUGGAUACAGUAUGUUGAAAGGAAGCGAUGCAAGCCAAAGCCAUACAAUAGCACGGUCUGAAUGGCUAAACGUGCUGUUAGUGCACCACAAAACUAUGCUACAGGACUAGUUUUCAACACCACAUGGGUAUGCAAUACAUCAUUUACAGCUGUGAGUUUCCUCCUUUUCCUACUUUUGAAUAUAGCUUACUUUGAAAGCUUUCCCUUGUUUUGCGCUAUGUGAAUCUACCUCUCUUUUUUUACCCUGUGUAUGACAGAUAUAUAAUUGCAUGCCUUUCACUGUGGCUUUGCUUAUCGUCAAGUAUUUGUAUGUAAGUCAUUACUCCUCAUACUCAAAUGCGAGAAAAUAAUCCAACUUCUUGUGCUUUAAACAAAAGGCAAAUGUUAAUGUGUUAGAUGUGAUGUCAUGUUCCACCCAGUGAGGAGAAGUGUGAUUUCCUGGAAACGCGCCCCAUAUGUAAAGAUUGUGCGUCAUGUAAUCACACUUUGAAGCUGCUGCUUUGCACAAACAUGUUGACAUUGCAACACGUUAUUCCAUGUCACCAAAAAAAAAAAUGCACGGUGCUCGUACUCCUAACGUAAAUCAAAAAAAAAAAAAAAAAACAGUGCUUCCAACACACCCAGAAGUCAUCAGAGCGGUCUGGUGUUGUAACUGUGUUGUCGAGGAACAGGCUCAUCUCACUUCUGACCCACAGCGUCUCGUUUUGCAUGUUUGAAGAGCUGUACUCGUCUCUCGCUGUAACUCCUUAAGCUGAUGCAAUAUUAUUCACUCAGUUCAAUAGGUACCCUGCCUGUGAGAAUGAAUGAUGAAGGCAAUCAUAUAGCGGUUUUCACCUUGAGCGUGAAAAUCAGUGUAAGAGCUAUACGGUUAUUUAUUUUGAUACAUCUUAAUGAAUUCAGUAUGGGGCAAAGGUUGGUUUUUUUGAAGACAGGGUGUGGCGUAGCCGUCCCUGUCUAUAAUUAUUGCACUCGACCACGGAAAUAUAUUUCCAUGAAUGACUGUUAUAAAUAAAACUGCUAUGAAGAUGA